CUACAUACACUAAAUUAAAUUUAUGUAGAGAAAUUUUAUAUACAAUUUACCUCAAUCAUAAAAACAACACAAACAAAAAAAAUCCUUAAUAAAACAUAACAUUUCUGGAAAAUGUGUCUUUAGGGGAAGAAGGCCACACAGCAGCAGCAUCCAUCUCAUUUUGUAUAACAAAUGUCAAAAAAUUUGACAAGUACAAGUAAAACUUGCACAUAAAAUUUUUGACAGAUUUUUUUUUUUUAAAGCUUUACAUAUAAUUUUUUGUGUUUCUUAUUUUGCAUUUGACAGUUUAUGUUGCCAAAAACGAAAUGGGGUUGAUUUUUUGUGUAUUUUGUUGUGUAUAGGAAUUUGCGUGGAAAUUGCAGAAAAUGUCAAAAAGAAAAAAAGUAGUGUUUUUGUAUAAUGUUGACAUUUAUCACAAGAUUUGUAUGUAUCUAUUUAUGAGAACACCAAGAAUAUUAUAGGAAAAGAAAAAUCCUAAAAACAUACCUACAACAACAAUAAUUUUUGGGUUGUUUUUGUUGAAAGAUGUUAGUUUUAUUGUUGUUUUUGUUGUUGUGCUACUUUGUUUUCUUUGAUUUUAUUGCACCGUGUAAUUUUUUUAUGGGUACUUGAUUAUGCGCACUUUAAGUCUAUCUAAUUGUUUACUCUCAUGCUACCGCUCACGUUCUUUAUAGAAUGAUAAGAGAGCCCCCAACUGUUUGAGGCUUAGCUUAGUUUUUUUUUUUUUGCAAUAAACAAAUAUGGAAAAUAUAUAAUUAUUAUUGAGCUCCCUUUGAUUUUUCUUAACCCACUCACUCACUAACAUUUUCUUGCUUUUCGGAGGGGGGGUUUUACUCUCAGAGAGUAUUUGUGUUAUUUGUUUUUGUUUACAUUGCUGAGUACUUUAAGUUUAAUGUUAUGCUAAAAUGUAUUGCUGUUGUUACAAUUGUUUUUGACUCUUUUUCUUCUUUUUGGCGAAUGGAGAGCACAGAGAGUUAUCCCCAAUAUAAAGUUCUCACUCUCCUCACUGUAAUUCUGUUGUUGUUUUUGUUUAUUUUGCUUUGAUUUGAAGCUUUGAUACCCAUCUAUAAUAAUUUUUGCUGUGUGAAAAACAUUUACGAUAAAAAAAAGAAACACAAAAUGUGUUUGCUGCUCUGUAUAUAUUUUGUUGUUUUUCUUUAAUAAUUUAGCUUUCCCUCAGCUCUUAUCUUUGACAACAACGCUGUAUAUAUAACAUUGUUGUUUAUACUCUCCACUUUUCUAUACAAAAAAAAAGCUAUACAUUCGUUUAUAUAUACAUAUCUAUUUGUAUGUAUGUAUAUAUUAUCAUCGGUUUCAUUUAUAUUAGUGUUGCUUUUAUUUUAUUUUUUUUUUCUAUAUUUUUUUUCUUUGCUUUUUUCUGCCUGCCCGUGGUUGUUUCGUCUUCAUCGUGUUGUAUGUUUUCAUAACUUCGUGCGGUUCGUGAUUUUUCGACGUUUUUCUACUUUGCUGCACGUCUUUAAUAAAACUAUCUACAAAUUUUAAGUGAUUAAAUAAUAAUUUCUAAAAAAUUCAAUAAUUUCCAAUAGCAGCUAUUGAAAAAUCAAAAAAUUAUACCAAAAUCUAUCCGGGAAAUGGUAGAAAUUCUUAAAAGAAAAUUUUAAUCAAAAUUUUGCAAAAAAAAAAAAAAAAAUUAAAGCAAUAAUUAAAAUAGCAACAGUGUUGUAUACAAAAAAAUGAAAUAUAUCUACAAAUAGUGUUUGUUGUACUUGCAAAAAAUAUCGAAGAAAAAAUAAAUACUAAAUAAAAACGGCGACAUUUAAAGCAAAAAUAACGAAAACUAUAUAAGAAUCCACAAACAAUUCAAUGUUUGUGUGAUUAAUAUAAAAAAAGAAAAACCUUAAAAAAAAACAAAAGAAAAACACCCAAACAACAAAAGUGCAAAAAAAAAAGAAAAACAAUCUUAACCAUUCCACCUAAAAAAUGUCAAGAAAAUCUUCUUGCACAUGAAAUUGUAGUUCUUUUUUUUUUACUUCGCAAGAAAAAAAUGAUGAAAAACAUACAAAUACAUAAAUAUUAUAAUAAUAAAAAUAUUAAAGCAAAAAGUGUAUAACAACAGCAACAGCAACAGCAACAACAAUACUCCAAUGAAAAUAUCUUGCUAUUAAUUCAUUUAAAUAAUAAAAAAAUAAAUAAAAACUUUUUUCAAAAUCUUUUUUCACAAUAACAAGAAGAAAACAAAAACACCCAACAAAAUGUAGUCAUGUGUAUAAAAAUGUAUACACUCACUACCCCCUCAAUACUCGAACAAAUUAUUUUUCUCUGUGUAUAACGGUGUCACCAUUUACUAAUGCUUUUUCAACUAAAAAUAAUAAAAAAAAAAUUAAAUUAAAAAAAUCUUAGAAAAAAAAUUAAAUUUAGAGAAAAUUCAACUUUAUUCAACAACAAACAACACAAUUAAUAACGAUAUUUAAUAAAUUUUAACGGAUUGUUUAAAUCCUUGUAAACGUCAGCAGUUCAAAUGUGAAUUCUAAACAAAAAUAAAUAAAUAAAUCAAAACUCGCAUUAAAAUCAAAAUAAAAUUUUAUUAAUAAAAAGAAAAAAAACUUUUUUUUAACCAAACUACUUAAUACAUAAGCAAAAAAUGUUACAACGGCUAUGAUUGCAACGCUUUUUAUAAUAUUUGCAUUUAUACGGGCGUUUCCCUGGAGUAGACGGCGGGCUUACAGUGAUACCUCACAGCAGCCAACAGAAGCCGAUAUUGAAGCCCCCCACAACCCACCGCCCCUUACACAAACAAAUCCAGAUGUACAGACUACAGUGCCAACAACAGAAUAUCAAUUAAUAAACCUCAGCACCAGUAACUCCCCUCCCAUUACUACUACUACUAACACCACUACCUCCUCCAAUUCACCCCAGGGCUCUAGUGAUAAUGUGCCCCGUAAAACCUCGGCAACACGUCGGAAAUCGUCUAAAUCUAUUAAAUACCAUGAAGUAACAUUUAGUGGUAGUGUGGGUGGUGGUGACAGUGAUUCGGAACGUACACCCACCUCUUCGAGAACAAAUAGAUUAGUUAGACAACCUAGAUCUUUUACUGGUAUUAAUACCAGUCCGUCCAGAGCCACCUCACCCGAAAGUAAUAGUUCAUCGAAUUACUAUCGUUCUGCCUUGAGUUCCAGAAGCCAACUAACACGUGCUUCUUCCGAUUACGAAACAGCAGCUAGUGAUUUCUAUACCGCACGUUCAAAAUCAUCGGCUGAACGUGAUUUACAUGAAACCAAUGGCAUCGAACGUAGUUCCUCGAAUGGCUAUCUAAAAAGAGGUGACACUCUCGUUAACUCGGAUGAGGAGGAAGCGGAAAAUUAUCGCUUAAGGGGAACAGGUGCUGAUGCUGACAACGAAGCCGAAGCUGAUGAUUCUUAUGAUCGUGAUACGGAGGAAUUCUAUAGUAAUAUACAAGACGCCGCCGGUACUUCGGGUACACGCAGUAAACGUUCUUCUCUAUUCUCGCGUUCCGACUCUUCGGCCACCACUACUUCUUCGAGUGGUGGCACAUUUACGGGCGGUAAGAGGCGUUCGACUGCCUCGAUUAUAUCAACUUCUAUGUGUUCAGAUAUUAUACCCAUCGAUCGUAGACGUAGUUCAACGGCCACGGAAUAUAGUGUUCGCUCCGUGUCGAGUCAACCGCGUAGAUUAAGUGGCCGUAUACGUCGUCAUAUAUCGCGUAUGACGAUCGCGGGAGCUAGAAGGCGUACAACGGGCAGGUAUAUAUUUGAGAAAUAUUUUGCUAUUAAUGUUUAAUUAAGUUUUUGUGCGAUUUAAAUCUCUACUUAUUUAAAGGACGAUCAAAAAAUCGGUCUUAAAACUUAAAUAAUUCAAUAGACCAUGAAGA